AGAAGCAGAGCAGAGCAAAGAGAGCAGAGGUGAUCUCGCACUCAUCAGCACAGGAUAACACAACCAUGAUGGGUUGACUUGGGGGGCGGGGAGGGGGGCAGGCGGUUGGAGAGAGGAAGUGUGCGUUCGCCACCACUUGCUCAGUCAUGGAGACCAACAAAGUUCUACAUUUUGUGCCUUCAGAGGCACCUCCCUCUGGGAUGUCCAAGAAUGGGUACUUCUUUCAAGAAAUGGAGCAGCGGGAGGUGGAGCAGGAGGAGGGCAGCGAGGGCCGAGAGGAGGGACAAGACUCGCCGAUCGCCUGCGGAGAUGACAUCCACCUCUAUGACAACCAGAUCAGCCCUGGGCCAGACGCUGACGACUCUGGUUGUGUGUUGCUGAACACAUCAAGACGGUAUGUGAAGCUGAUGAACUUCGAGGAGGAGAUCCGGGCUCACCGGGACCUGGACGGCUUCCUGGCCACGGCCACAAUCCUGCUGGACGAGACCGCGGCCUCCCUGGAUGACGUCCUGAAGAGAAUGUUGCACCACGUGGGCCAGGACAGCAAUGCCUCCGAGCCCAGCUGCAACUUCGAGGCGGUGAUGAGCAUGCUUUUCACGGACGCGGGAGCUCAGGAGGUCAACGUCCACCUGCUGUCGGAGACGAUCCAGGGGGUGACGGCCACCGCCACCGGGAUCCAGUACCAGCAGUCCUGGCUCUGCAUCCUCUGCAACGUGAAGCAUCUCCAGAGGCGUCACGUGUGCAUCUCUCGCCUGGAGAGGCCACAAAACUGGGGGGAGAACUGCUGCGAGGUCCGCUAUGUCAUCCUGAUCCUGGCCCCACUCAAAAUGAAAAGCACCAAGACAGCGAUGGAGCUGGGCAGGACGUUCGCCACCCUCUUCUCUGACAUCUCCUUCAGGCAGACGCUGCUGGAGACGAAGACGCAAGAGGAGUUUAAGGAGGCGCUGGUGUUCCAGAGGCACCAGCUGGCGGCAACCAACCAGCAGCCCAUCGCUCUGGGGAAGGAGGAGACCGACCCCCGCAGUCACAAGCCCCUCAAGUGUACAGACUUCUUCAAGGCCGGCCGGGGGAUUUACGAGGACUUCUGCCGCCGACUGCCGUUCUACCCCUCUGACUUCACAGAUGGGAUCGUUGGCAGUAAUAAAACCCUGCUGAAGUACAUGACCACGGCCAUCUUCCUCUACAUCGCCAUCCUCCUCCCCGCCAUCGCUUUCGGCUCCCUCAAUGACGAGAGCACACGUGGCGAGAUCGACGUUCGGAAGACCAUCAUCGGCCAAAGCAUCGGCGGGGUCAUCUACUCGUUGUUCGCCGGCUCUCCUCUCGUCAUCCCUCUGACCACAGCUCCCCUCGCCAUCUUCAUCAGCGUGAUACGAGGAAUCUGUGACGACUACAACUUGGACUUCCCGGCUUUCUACGCCUGCAUCGGCCUGUGGAACUGCCUCUUCCUCAUCCUGGGAGGGAUCUUCAACGUCAGCCUGCUCAUGAAGCUCUUCAAAAGGUCGACAGAGGAGGUCAUCGCGCUGUUCAUUUCCAUCGCGUUUGUGGUGGACGCCGUGAAAGGAACGGUCAAAAUCUUUUACAGGAACUACCACGCCCCAACGCUGGCUAACAGGAGCAUAGCUGCCUUCCCCCAAGGCGACGACCUGCUCGGGGGGAACAGGAGUGAAGUGGCGGCCGGGUUUGGACUCAACGCCCUCCCCGAAACCGUCAUCCAUUGCACCCGAGAGAGGCCCCUCCUCUGCCUCCUGCUGAUGCUCGGGACGUUAUGGAUGGGCUACACCCUCUACCAGUUCAAAAGGAGUCCGUUCCUGCAUGCCAAAGUGAGGGAGGUGCUUUCGGACUGCGCCCUGCCGAUCUCGGUGCUCUUGUUCUCCUUCAUCGGCUCCUACAUCUUCAGGGACAUUGAGCUUCCGGUCUUCAAAGUUCACAACCGGCCCGUCUUCAAAGUGGCUCCGUUUGAGCGGCUGUCGGGCCUGAAUGUCCUCAGCGCCAUGGGCAUCGGCUUCCUCCUGGCCCUCCUCAUCUUCAUCGACCAGAACAUCGUCGUCUCGCUGACCAAUGCGCCGGAGAACAGGUUGCUGAAGGGCACGGCGUAUCACUGGGACCUCAUGCUCUCUGGGCUCAUCAACAUCCUGAUGUCGGUGAUGGGGUUGCCCUGGAUGCACGCCGCCUUCCCCCACUCCACCCUCCAUGUGCGCCAGCUGGCUUUCGUGGAGCAGCGAGUGGAGGGGGGGCACCUCUAUGAAACUAUCGUCCAGGUGAAGGAGACCCGGCUGACGUCUCUGACUGCCAACAUCUUCAUCGGCGCGUCGGUGCUGCUGCUGCCUCUCCCGCUGCAGUGGAUCCCCAAACCCGUCCUGUACGGCCUCUUCCUCUACAUCGCCCUCACCUCCAUCGACGGAAACCAGAUGUGCGACCGCAUGGCUCUCCUCCUCAAGGAGCAGACGUCUUACCCGCCCACCCACUACAUCCGCAAAGUGCCCCAGAGGAAGAUCCACUACUUCACCUUCCUGCAGAUGAUGCAGCUGCUGGUGCUCUGCACGUUCGGCAUGUACCCGAUGCCGUACAUGAAGAUGAUCUUCCCUCUGCUCAUGAUCAUGCUAAUUCCAAUCAGGAACAACGUGCUUCCUCAUAUCAUUGAGGCCAAAUACUUGGACAUAAUGGAUGCCCAACACAUGUAGCUACAGAUGGAGACGAGUUCUGGAUCUACAAAUAGACGUCUGGAAUAAAAAAAAGAAAAAAAAGGGAAAAAAAAGAAAUGAGGAUUUAAAAAAAAAAAGAAGAAAAAAACACAACAUAUUUUUCAAUGCAAAACUGUACGAAAGCAAAUAGGAGAAAAAAACUGAUUUUGAUUUUUGUAUCUGAUAAGAACAUUCUUACAGGUGAAGCACUGGAAAUGGUGAGAAGUCGCGUGAGACAGAGAGAUGAGGGCUGUGUGGGAAAUAUUUCCAACCGUGGACAGACUCUCUGGGGGAAAAUUCUACCGGAAAAAAAUAAAUAAAUAACAGGAACGUCCAGAACUCCCCGUUUCCCCUCCGUUUCACCCCGUCAGCUAGUUCAGUGCCAUAUAUAUAUAUACCUCCGUGUUCUCCUCUCACACCGUCACAUUUUAUGGUAACAUUUUACGGUAACAUUUUACAAUAUCCUUACUGGAGUGUAUUCAUCUGCGUGUUAAGCUAAGGAUAAGUGCUUAAAGUACUCACUAAUACCGUGUAAGUAAUACAAAUGCUGCCGAUGUACAUUGUAGAGCACGUAGAAAAGGUGUAAUGGCACAAUGUAAGUUUCAACAGCUUUCUUUUGACUCUUUGCACUCACAUUGUGUUUUUACACUGUCAUUGGAGCAAAUUCGACAUACUUACGCUGUGUUGAUAAGUACUUCUCCGCGGAUGAAUUAACUAGUAAGAACACUGCAUUUAAGCGACUGCAAAGUAAAUGUAAUUCUGUCAUUCUGUGCGGUGUUAAAACCUUUACAUUCCUCCACCUGUUAGCUGUGACACGUGACACGUGCAUAUUUAGUUUCUAAGUCAUUCCAACAGUGUUCAUGAAGGCGGACAAAGGAAGGUGUGUGUGUGCGCGUGUGUGUGUGUGCACUAAUCUGUCCUUCAUCUAGCUUCCUGCAAGCUCUUUCCAACACCUAGUUUUUAAGGUGGAAUUUAAGUGCUCAGCCGAAUAAAAUAAAACGCAUUCCACAGGUGUAUAUGUAAUUAUUUAGAACGACAGCACAAACCAAAACAUAUAGUGAAAUCUUUAUCAAAUUAUGAAUAUAUUAGAAUAUAUUAUGGAAUUAUACAAAAAAAGUAUUUUAGAUUGAAUUCAAAUAGAAUAUUUAUUUAUCAUGAUGACAGUUUUAUCUUUUAAUUACUAAAUGAGAAUGUUGUGUGUUUAACCCGAACUUUAAAGUAAAGUGUAAUUCUGUUUGCUCCUUUACAUUCCACAGUUACUGAUUCUUGUAUUUUGAGUGUCUUGUCUCACAUCUGGUGUUUACAUAUCAAAGUCCCUUCCAGCUUCGCGUCAAAGUCCAACACAGUUCUGAUGCAUUGCUCGUAAAGACGAAAGUCAGGUAAACGUAAAAAAGUAAACAAAAAAAAAACAACAACAAAAAAAUAUUUGUGAGCUUAGGAUUCAUCAAAA